ACCAGAGGAACCGGAACGCACUCUGAAAGAAACAUCCGCACGUGGAUGGUGUUUUAUUUUCAUUGACGCGAUCGCCAUGCUGAGAUCGGCAGACGGAAAAUACCUGCAGAGUUGAAGCUUCAUUCUGAGAUGAAACAAUGUCGCUUUGGGUGCUUUUACCUGUCACGAUGUCUCUCUGUACUAUCUCAGGAGCGUGGAUUGUAUAUGCCAUGGCAGUGCAUAACCAUCACGUGUGCCCUAUAACCAACUGGGAAUAUAACUCAUCCUGUGAGGAACCUCUGGCGAUGCAGAACGGACAGUUUCCCUGCUGCACUCUGGAUAACGUCCCUCUUAUCAGUAAAUGUGGUGUGAUGCCUCCAGAGAGUUGUUGGUUCAGUCUCCUCUGCAGCGUUGGAUCGUUCAUGAUGAUGCUGAUUGGUCUGCUCCGCUAUGCCCAGGUGAUGGAGCAGCAGAAGCAGAACACUAUGUUGAACUUGAUGGGGCUCUGCUCUGGCUGGCUUUGUGCUGCAGGACUCAGCUUAGUGGGAAACUUUCAGGUGGACUUUGCUAAGGUGCUGCACUAUGUGGGAGUGUUUCUCGCCUUCCCGACCAGUCUACUAUUCGUGUGUGUGCAGACGAUCCUCACUUACCGUCUGGCAAAAACACACACACACUCUCCAACCAGCCACCUCCGACUCACACUCAGCCUGCUCGCCCUGAUCACACUUCUACUCUGUGGCGCGUUCUUCCUGCAGGACAGUUUCACCCUGCAGCACUGGGCUGCCGUGUGCGAGUGGCUCUUCGUCGUCGCUGUGCUGCUUUUCUACGCCACGUUCAUCACGGACUUCCGCUCGGUGUCUUCACACACUCUGGUGGUUCUGAUCCACAGAGGACAGAGACAGGGGUUUUCUCCGAAUGAAAGCAAGCAAGAAAGAGCUUAAUGGCUCAGUUUGGAAGUGGACUGAGACAUUUCUCGAUGAAGUGAUGGUGCAGUUUGGGUGAAGAUGAUCUCCUGGUAGACCUGAAGGACACAGACUUGGGUCUUGAUAUUUGAUAUAUUUGAUGUUAUGUAUCAUCCUGCAGUUUUUAACCUCUCUCUCUCUCUCUCUCUCUCUCUCUCUCUCUCUCUCUCUCUAUCUCUCUCUUGGUAAAGCUAGACAUGUUGCACUUGCUUCCUGCCUUUCAAUAAAAUAUGAAAUCGUGUAAAAAUA